AUGCAGAAUCUUGCUCUUGUUGUGACUGGAGCCAUCAUCUUCGUAUCAUUGCCAACUGUUAAAGGUCACGGCUACCUUGUAGAGCCCGCAGCUCAAUGGCCCGAGGGCUACCCAGUUAAUGGUUACAGUGCUACAGUCGAUAAUGAGAUCUGGGGCGUGUAUGAUAACGCGAAAUACGGUUAUGGAGCCAACGGUACGUUAAGCUUUUUCAUUGAUGUAUUCCCUUCAAAGGGCUACAAAUCACUCGGAGACUUCAUCACAAAGAACCAAGAGCUUUACAGUGACAAAAUGAGUCCAGACUGCGGUCUCACUACCUUCAAAGACACGGCUCGAUCAAAGCUACCGGCACAAUUGACGUAUUCAGGAUUUACUCAUCCAGGACCGUGUGAAGUACGAUGCGAUGACACAAUUGUGUUGUCCGAAAACGACUGCCAAACGAAAUUUUCGGCCAUUCCUGCUAUAAUGUCGUAUGAUAAAGCAAAGUGUGCUAACGCUAAUCGUAUGACAAUUUAUUGGCUUGCUCUUCAUGGAGAUCCAUGGCAGGUAUAUACAAAUUGCGCUUGGUUAGAAGGUGGAUCUGGUAGAGGCGAAGCUCCUUUAAAAGUAAGUUCUGGUGGCUCGACGCCGACAACUACCACCACCCCCGGGACAUCAUCAGCUUCUCCUAGUCCUGCUUCAAGGACAUCUCCUGCUUCUCAGGAAGUUGGUAAAGAAGCGAUUGUGUCUACAGGUGAUUCCUACGGACCCUCGACACCCGAUAGUACCCCUACUUCCACACCUCCGACCACCACUACACCGCCAACAAGUUCAGACGCCACUCCACCCACUCCCUCGUCUUCUGCGCCUCCGAGUACAUCCUCCGAGACUACCGGCGCGAAGUGUGUCCGUCGCAAUUAG